AUGAGUGUCUUCUAUGAUCAAGUUUUGAAAGCCAAUAUUUUUAUUCAACCGCUUCUAUUUAUCUUAAUCGUCGUCACGAACAUUCUCAAAAUUCGCAUUUUAUCUUCACGUGCUCUUCGCAUUUCACAAUGCUCUCAUUAUCUUACCAGCUAUGCAAUUUUCUCGAUUAUCUACACUUGUCUAUUGUGUCCAACUCAAGUAAUACGUGCUUUGUAUAUCGGAUGGGAAGAUACACCGAUAGGAUGUCAUAUUUACUUCUUCGCUUUGUUCACCCCACCGUAUUUGAGUCGAGCUAUGCUUAUCUUAGCUUCGUUCGAUCGAUACUGCUCCGGUUCGAAAUUGCAGCGACUCAACUUGACCAGUACAAAACGAGCGACUCAUAAAACAAUCAUUCUGACAACAAUACUAAUAAUAGUAUACAUGUCACCCAUGUCUUUCAUUUAUUAUUACGAUACAACAACUGCCGCGUGUCGACAGUAUACAAAUUUUCUGGUGAAUGUAUUUGUAUUCAGUCAAGUGAUAGUGUACUAUACUCUUGCACCAAUAUUAAUGAUUAUCUUUGGAAUUCUAACCAUUAUGAACAUUCAUCAAUAUGCGUUUAUUCGAACAACUCUUCAAAGUUAUUCGACACAUGGUCGACGCACGGAAAGACAGUUAGCACGUAUGUUGCUUCUACAAAUUUGUUCGCAUUUGAUUCUCACGACUCCAUUCGGUGUGUUAUAUUUUAUGAACGCAUUCAAUCCAGCUACGCGUACGCCAAAUAUCAUUGCCAUACGUUACAUCUGUGUAAUGUGGACACAGUGUGAUUAUUUUCUUUCGUUUUUUCUCUAUAUUUUGUCGGGAAGCGGGUAUCGAAAUGAACUUCGUCGGCUAUUGAAAUUAAAUGAACCAUAG